CCCGAGCCGGCUGCCAAGCCGGGCCCGGACGGAGCGAGCCCGGAGGAGUACAGUAUCCCGGCGCCGGUCUCCCAGGGUAAAUGGAAAAACAAGGAGCGGGUGCUUAUUUUCUCUUCUCGUGGAAUUAAUUUCAGAACGAGGCACUUAAUGCAAGACUUGAGAACGUUGAUGCCUCACUCUAAAGCAGAUACUAAAAUGGACCGUAAAGACAAGUUGUUUAUAAUUAAUGAGGUGUGUGAAAUAAAAAACUGCAAUAAAUGCAUCUUUUUUGAAGCCAAAAAGAAACAGGAUCUGUACAUGUGGCUUUCAAAUACACCACAGGGACCAUCAGCCAAGUUCUUAGUGCAGAACAUUCACACACUGGCUGAAUUGAAGAUGACUGGGAACUGCUUAAGGGGCUCACGACCCCUUUUGUCUUUUGAUCCAACAUUUGACAAGGAGCCACACUACGCCCUGUUAAAAGAGUUGUUUAUUCAGAUAUUUAGUACACCUCAGUAUCACCCCAAGAGCCAACCCUUUGUAGAUCAUGUAUUCACAUUCACCAUUACAGACAAAAGGAUCUGGUUUCGGAAUUAUCAGAUCAUAGAAGAGGAUGCGUCUCUAGUAGAAAUUGGGCCUCGUUUUGUUCUGAAUCUCAUAAAAAUCUUCCAAGGUAGCUUUGGAGGGCCAACUCUCUAUGAAAAUCCCCAUUACCAGUCCCCAAAUAUGCAUCGACGGUUGAUAAGAUUAUCAAUGGCUGCUAAAUUUAGAGAGAAACAGCAAGUGAAGGAAGUACAAAAGAUAAAGAAAAAAGAAACUAAGAUGCUUAUUGAAGAAGAUCCCACUGAAACUGUCUUUGAGACUCCAGCUGAAGAAAAGCCGAUGGAAGUACAGCUUGUGAAACCAGAACCAAAGGCAAUUGUAAAAGAUAAAAGGAAGCCACGCAAAAUUCAAAGGAAGAGGCAAAAAAAGCUUUUCAGGAUUGAAGCAUAAAUGUCACAAAUGAUAAAACUAAGCAGACUCCAAAGUCAUCUGUUAGUCUGGUGUAUCUAUACCUAGCUAUAUUUCAUAGCUGUCUUUACAUAAUAUUGUAAAUACUUGUUUUUACAGCCAAAACUAACUUGACUUCAAUUUUGAGUAAACAGAAUAUCAGUUUCUUUAUUAGGA